UUUCUCUAAUGUCAAAUAUAUGUGAGGUUGCGUUCAGAGAUGAUAAUUUUAUAAAUAUUAAAGUUAUAUUCCACUUUGUACGAGUGUUACAAUUUUUUCUAAAAAAAAAUAUUUACACAUACGUCAAAAGAUAAACAUAAAUCGAAUUUGUCAUUGAUAUGGUUUCUGGAACGCAGCUAUAGUUGUGUUUACAAAAGUUAAAAGUUAAUUUCAAUUCAUAGCUCGUAAGACUUUUGGAAAAGUUAAAAAGAAAAAGUUUACGUAAAUAUAAAUAUUUUGAUUCCAACAGAAAUGGUUUCAUAAAAAGAAUUUACAAAAAAUUUUUUAAGAUCAUAAAAUAAUUUAAAUAACAUUCAAUUACAUAAAAUGUCGGUUCAACAAAUGUUUUGUUUGCGAUGGAAUAAUCAUCAAUCAAAUUUUAUUUCUGUAUGUUCAUCACUACUACAUAAUGGAUCUUUAGUUGACGUCACAUUAGCUGCAGAAGGAAAACAGCUUCAAGCACAUAAAAUUGUUUUAUCCACUUGUAGUUCGUACUUUCAAGCACUUUUUACUGCAAAUCCUUGUCAACAUCCAAUAGUUAUUCUUAAGGAUGUUCAAUACAGCGAUUUGAAAACAAUGGUCGACUUUAUGUAUUAUGGAGAGGUGAAUGUUUCGCAAGAGCAAUUACCUCACAUUUUAAAAACGGCUGAAAUGUUAAAAAUAAAGGGACUAGCGGAUAUGCCAACUGACGCUGCUACGUUGACAAAAUCAGAAAGUAAAUCAUCUGACCACACAGAUCACUUGCAAAGAAGCGGAAGCGGUUCAGAUUCUCUUUGGGAUAAUUCUGAAUCGCAGUAUCAAGAACAGCAGCAACAACAACAACCGCAGCAGCAAUUGUCUUUGACUGAAGAGUACAGUCAAAGAAGAGACAUAAGGUCACAGAGUCCCCCUCAAAUAAGAAGAACACGUUCAGCUGAAUCGGUUUCACCACCAGCAGCACGACGAAAAAGAUUGAGAAAAUCACCUAACAAUGGAUCAACUGACGAAAGUUGUAAUAUUGAAUGCAAAGUUAAUCAAUUUUCAGUUUCAAGGGAACAAAUUCGCGAGAAAUCUGCAAAAGAAGUAUGUCGGACUGAAUUUAUUCGGGAGGAAGCUACAAUAAAUGAAAUUGAAAAUCCUAAACUUCGUAUACAACCAAUAAAGCCAGAAAUUGAACUUCCAAUUCCGCAACACACUCAACCAACAAUUUCCCAUUCACGUUCAUUAGAAAUAACUAGUUCAUUAUCACCUACAGAGCAAAUUAUUCCUUCACAAACUUCAAAUUCUGAUCAACCUUUUUUAUCAAACCAGCAAAAUUUAUCAACUGCUGCUAAACGUAAUCGAUUCUUAAUACGUCAACCGCGUAUAAAACGUGAAAGCGAUAACAUUCAUCAAACAGCAUCGCUUGAUAUUAAAUCGACGAAUGAAUUAAUUGAAUAUGAAGUUGGAGGCGGCAGUGGCAUCAUGUCACAUGUACGCAAUCAAAGUUAUCAAGAAACAUUAUUGACGGUCCCUCCAAGAAUAGAACGUCAUGCCUCAGAGCCGUUACCUGUUUUGGAACCUUCAACGCCACACUUAUUGACAGUGCCAUCACAUUCAUCAGGUCCUCCAUUUUUAGUCAAACAACAUUCUCAUCCUUUGUUACCGAGCCAGCAAGCACAAUCUUCUUCUUUUCUAUUGGUUCAUAAUACAAAUGAAAGUCCUGCAUCAAUCACAAGGCAAUUGUCGCAUCCUCUGACUUUAUCUUUGUCAACCGAAUCUAGUCCAACAGUUUCAUCGAUAGCUAUUUCAGGUUCUGGAAUAGGGAGAAUUCCUAAAAAUGAUGAUUUAGAUCCAACUAAUUUAAGUUCAGAAAUAACUGAUUAUACUGGGAAUAUCAGUGGUGGAAACAGCUCGGCGGGUAGUGGUAAUAUAAAUGUUGUUCCUCCUAGCUCUCUGAUUGCAUCAACUGCAACAACAUCCUCUGUUAGAGAUCAUCAAUUGAAGGUGUCGUCAAUAACAACAUCGGCAAGUGCAUCUUCCUUUGGAAGAAAAAAAAUAAAUGCUGAAACCCCAAGUAAUAUAGUACCCCCACCAAUUACAAAAGCUCACAGUUCUAGUGUUAUUUCGUUAUCAGAAAGUUUUUUCAGUACCAGUACUACAACCAGUGUUAGCGGCGUUGGUAACAGUGGAGGUAACAAUUCCUCACCGAUGAGAGUUAAAUCGGAAGAUUUACAGAGAUCUGUAUCAUCACCACUUGUUUUAAAUCAGGACCCACCGUCAUUUGAAUGUGUAUCACGUUCAAGCCACUGCCCAGUCAUACGUCCCGGCCCAGCACUAGGUUGCAAUUUCUGUUGGAAUACAAUUGAUGCUCAUGGUAGAAUAUUAAGAAGAAAAACAAAAUAUCAUUGCCCUGAAUGUCAAACAAAUCUAUGUAUUGUUCCAUGUUUUCAAGAAUAUCAUGAGAGACAAUCUACUGAAAAUACGUCCACCAACUCGACAAAAGAAAAUAGUAAAUCUCAAUCCUCAGGUUUGAAACAUCAUCCAAAAACAGAAUCAUUUUAAAAAAAAACUUGAAUAUGUACAUGAAUAGUUCUUGUUUUGUUUUUUUUUAAGAAUAACCUGUGUUAUUUUAAUUUGAUGUGUCUGUGAAUUUUAAGAAAAUAAAUAUAUACAUAUAUAUAUAUAUAUACAAACAUAAACUUGUAAAAUUAAAAUGAUAAAAUUAUUUUUUAAUUCUAAAAAUGUAAAAAAAAAAUGAACUAUUUUAUUAAAAUACAGAUAACAGGAAUUGUUAAAUAAAAAAAUGUGUAAAAUAUGAAAAAAAAAGAAAAAAUAAAAGUUUGAUUUUCAUAAUGAAUGGUUA